AUGGAUCAACCCUCCUCAAUCACCGAGGCCGAUGAUCUCAACAAACAAGUGAUAACGCCCGACAAGUGUGGCCCGCCUUCAAUACCACUAUCGGUGUUGCUCGACUUUGCCGUUCAGCAGAUAUUGCAUGAGAUCACAGUGCUUAGCGAAUUGGUCGGCAAGAAAUAUGACCAAGACAAAAAGAUUUCACUGGUCCAAUUCGCGCACUCGACCCGCACGUUGACGGUCAAGCUUCUGGCGAUUGUAAGAUGGUUGAAGACGAGCAAAAAGUUUGAGAAUUGCUCAGUAAUCAACUACAUUCUCGACCAGCAAAUGCAGCUGUUUGUCGAGACGGCCGACAACUUGUUUCACUUCAAGAAUGGCCUUGAGCUUGCCAAGUUGCCGAAUUUUCACGUUUGCUCGGCGGUCGACAUUUUGACACAGGGUACCUAUUCUCGAUUGCCCCUGUCGAUCAAGCGGCGUUACAUUAGCGAGCCGAAGAUCACUCAGCUCGAACUGGCCAACACACUGUCGAGGCUGAACAAAGUGCUGCAGGCUCGAAUUUCUCGACUCUCGCCGAAGCUGUCUCCAAAAAUCCAGAAGAUCAUCAUCAAGAACGGGAUGGUGACCCUGAUCGUCCCGGGAGAAUUUGAGGCGAAAUUAACUGUUCUGGGAGAAGCUCCUUCGAUUCCAUGGACACUUCUAAACAUCAAAAUGCUUGUAGAGGAAUACGAGAUUGGAUAUGGAACUCAACUCGUCCAUCCGCUACAACUCAACGCUGUCCAUCAAGUUUUACAGUCCAGGAUGGAUGCCAGCAAAAAUCCGCUCCAAGAGGUCUACGCCUUCCUCCACUACUUUGCCCAAUCCAUCAAAUUGGACGUGCUCUUCUGCCAGGCCACUCAGCUGGCUUCCGGACGACUUCGGGACAAAAUUUCGAUCGAACGUUAUGACCAGAAAGAGCGGGUGCUCGUGAUUGGGUACUGGCUACAGCGGAUUCAGACUCGAAAGGGGCAACCACCAAGAUUCGUUCCUCAAUUCCGGUUGCAAAUUUCUUGUGGCCGUCCGGACAGCUAUGCUUCACUUCGCGUUCGCCAUUUCCCGCAAAGCGAUAAAUUUGGAACGCUCGAUGAAAGGACAGGGCGUCUUUCAAUGGACCGGCUCCUUUCUGAAAUCUUCACAUUCCGUUGCAUCCAACGGUUGCUGAUCAUUCGCGAGAAAUUGGAGGAGUGCAGCAGCUCGUCGAAUUUGGCACUGGCCGGAAAUGUGGUGCCGGUGAUUCGCUAUCGGCUGGUGAUGGACGCCAAGCCAGAGGAGACGCUCAACAUUUCGGUCAAUUUCUACAAUGGAAGAAUCACAUGCACGAUGCACACGCUGGGAGAAAGAACUGAACUUCGCGAGCUCGAGCGUGUCCUCCACGAGAGCAAAUUCACACCCACCCUCUUGCAAAAAUGGGUGAAUCGGCUGAAGGUUCUGAUGAUGAUCGAGCGAUACAAGAAGGCCGUUGCCUGCCUGCAGGUCCGAAUUCUGACCGAGGCGCAGAUGACCACCAAAUUGAGCAAGGUCGAAUCGAUCCCCAACGAUCGUAUCGUGCUCCAGUUUUUCAAAGAUGAAAACUACUAUUUGAUAGUAGCCUUCGAAGUGGAUUCGAUGUCUCAUGUCCAGACGAAUCUUCAUCUACUGACGGCCGUCAACGACAAAGUGACCAUCUUGAACUUGUCGCGGGAUCAUCCAGCCCUGCAUGCGCCGAUGACCCGUUAUUUUGAACUUCAUCGCGAUGAUGUCUACGAUGAGGCCAAGUCGGACUGGGGCCGCAGUUUGUCAUGUGCCGUGGCGGCUGUCGAUGACCGAAUUGCAUUUAUGAAGCUAACCGAAGAGCUCAGCCGGAAAAAGAUCAGCUACGAACCACUGCAAACGGAAGAGGUGGUCGGCGGGCUGAUGCUAAAGCUAAAAGACCUACAAUCUUCGAUCGACGUCGAGGUGCCCGAGUUUUUCAACAAUCUCGUCCGGUGUUGUCUACGAUUGGACACACGGGCGAAGGUCGUCUGGCCGUUCGAGUGUUGCAUCAAGGAUAAUCCGUUGCCAUCUGAUUGCGUUUCUUCAAGGCCUGGUCCGUUGCGGCGCGCCUGCAUGAUGGAGAUCCCGAGUGGCCAUUAUUCGCCUAAUAACGACUCCGUCUCGACGACGAUUCUCGAAAGAUUGACGAUUUUUGCGCACAUUUACAAGAUUGCCAGCCGGUUCGCGCCCGCUUACAAAGCUAUGUACCACAAAUAUUGUUCGAUCCACGCCUACACCUAUCACAAGCUCGUCAUUGCCUAUGGCGAAAAGCGUGACCAAUUGCUCGUGCUCACCUACAGGCUCCGUAAUGCCGGCAAGCCGAUCGAACCUUCCUUCGUGAUCACAUUCGGGCAGACGUUACCCAACGAAGUCUACCAGAAGCAGGACUUCCGGUGGCCCAGCGAAUCUCGGUGGAAUCCGCAUGCCCAAUUGACGCAUAUCAUCAACGAGAACUUCAACAUCCGGCCGGAUCUCGUGGAACUGGUUGACUAUCUUGUGGCGACUUCCGUGCCCCUUACAGCGCUUUCCGGCUAUUCGCGGACGCGUUUCAAGACCAUCCGGUCACUGGCCUCGAUCCUCGGCAACGACAUGGUUUUCUCACUACAAUUCAAGUAUAACAUCUGCCCGAGCGACGCGUACACGAUGCGCCUCCAAUUCGGCCAUCUACAUAUCGAGUUUAAGCUGUUAUCCAAAGACAAGGUGGGCGUCCGAGAUUGUACGCGAUUCCACUCGUCGAUCGUCGGGAUGGAACAGUUUUGGAAAUGGAUAUCAAACGGAACCGCGGAAGUGGUUAUGGACAGGAAUGGGCCGAGGAAUCCAUCGCCAAUUGCGCCCAACAGCCUGCCAAUGGAGCACAACGCGGCUUCUCCUCUGGCGAGCAGCCACUCGUUGUCGGUGCCAGCAGCCGCUUCCCAGCCAUCUCCCCACGGCUCGUAUAUUCCAUCCAAUUCUGAGCUUGGCCUAUCUUCCAACAUCAUCCUCAUCGAUAAUGCCACCCUCCACAGAGCUUGCGCCAUUCAACCGCCAGAUCGUGAUGCCUCGUUCUUUUCACGGGAGAAGCCUCGUGCUCCGCCCCUGGAUGUCUACCUCCACGGCCUCGUCUAUCUACGGCACGUCGCCACCGCUUUGAGUCAUAUCAGCCACCUUGCUGGCCGUUCCCCGAUGCUCAUCGACCAGCUGACCAUCCACCCCGAUUCGAUCCGCGUCACCAGCAAGACGUUCGACCCACCCACCCCCGUCUACCCGCACAAAUCGGCCGUGCUCAACUUUAACUUCUACCUCUGCGCCCAGACGUUCACCGUCAAGUGCUCCAUUGAAUAUCUGGACGACUCCGGACCGUCACGCGAAGAUAUUGCCAUCUUUGAAGAGUUUUUUGAGCGCCUUGUUUUCCCGCUGCAAAACGAGUUUGCACUGCUCGCUUUCCUGAGCAUCUGCCGAAUGCCGAAUGGGGCGUUUGCGUCGAUGGCCAAAGUCCUGCGGGCACAGAUGGACUCUAUUGAUGAUGUCCCCUCAGUGCAAGAAAACCAAUGGUGCUUACAUUUGUUGUUGUGCGUCUUCGUCCGCGAAAACCCCCAGAAUCCACAGCAUGGCCGCAAGUUCAGACCGGGUGUGAUGGCCGACGAUCGUCAGAAGAAUUUGCGCCUCUUUGUAAACUUUGUGCCCGCCCACGACCCAGACCACGCCCGGAAACCGAAGCAUAUCAUGAUACUGCAGUAUAAUAUGCAAUCGAACCAGGUCGACAUGCACCAUCAACAACAACCGGCUGCACAUCAGUUUGACGACAAAGAGGGCUUCAAAGAGGUCUUCACUUCCGCCAACGAGGAAGCCGCGCUGACUGGAGGGUGCCCGAUCUGGCCUGCUAUCUCGCAAUUGUUGAAGAGGCCGGGAAUAAACAGAAUGCCCGGCUCAGUGCAGAUGCCAGGAUCAAUGAUGGCCCCAGGUUCAAUGGAUGCCCCAAUCGGCUCCGUGGGCAAUAUGGGUUCUGUGGGUCCGGUGGGCUCUGUAGGCACCAUUGGCUCCGUCGGACCACAACAGGGCGGCUCGGCCCACAAUCCCAUGAUGAUU